AUAAAACAGUCGUCCAGUCGGCGUAGAGGGAAAAAUGCCGCUUUGUAUUUAUCCUGUCAACGCUGCUGGGGUUUCAAAACACGUCCGUCCGCCACUGACAACCACCAGGACACAGACACAUGACGUGGCGGACACUGUGACAAGUGGAGUCUCAAUCGUUCCGCGCCGCAAACAAAUCGCUGUGAAAAACGUCACGCGCGACAUGCGUUUCGAGUCUUUCUAAUUGUCGCGGAGACAUCGUGAUCGUUCGCUGGAGAUUACGCGAAGGAUAUGGAUCCAGAAAAUGUGGGCAAGGAGGCUAUUCUAAAAGUGACAGAUUGGUUACGUGGAAUUUGGGAAAUGAGACGGCGUGCCGGUGGACCAGUUCAACAAUGGAUUGAUGCAAUACCAAUGCCUACAAAAUCGGACCUCACAAACGAAUGCCAAGAGCAUAACCCAAGUAAACCAUUAACACCAACAGAGCCUAAAAACAUUCUUCCUAAGGGUUCAAAGCUUCCAAGCAUGACUGUAUCAGCGCCUAUUAAUGCUAAUUCAUCAACAAUGAAUACACCAAUACUUCCAAGUUCGCUUCCUCAUUAUAGACUGGCACGUGACGCAAGCUUUCAAUCGGAUAGCAGUCACUGUAGUAGCAUUGAAAGUUUACUUGAAUUACGAAAAGCGGAUCCGACAGCAAUUUUGCUCGAUCUUGGUUUUGGCGGUUGCGCAACCAGUCCGGAGACCGAUCCAGUCUCUCGCAUUCCUAAAAGGUUCCUUCAACCAUCUACGUUACAAGGCAUUGCUAUAAAUGACUUUCUUAAGCAACAACAAGAGUCUAGUGAAUCUUUUGAUUCAGUCUUAGGAUAUAGAGGCCUAACAGGAUCACCCUAUGUAGCUCCAUCAGAAAUUGUGCAAAAAAUUAUGGAACGUUUGCGAGAAAACGAAAGCCAUGAAGUGGAUACAAAUUCAUAUAAUUAUGAGUCAUACAGUCCAUUACAUCAAAAUCCUGCAAGACUUUCUGUGCUGUCUCCUGAUAACAGGCAGUUCUUGGAACAGCCACGUUCCAAGAGUCCUGAUAUGCGCAACAAACGUAUGAUUAUAGGACAAAAAUCGUUUGCUUUCGGAUGCGACGGAAAUUUAAUUGAAAUACCUUCUAAUGAUACAAAUCUUGCGUCCAAUGACACAAUAGAUAGUGAUAAUAGUUUAUUGGAUGUUAGUGAAUCUCCCAUAGAAUUAAAACAAUCAUCUUUAGAAGAAAGUAUAACGUUCGAACAUCGGUAUUUUUCGAAAAAUGACAAGAAACUGACAAAACAAUUAUCAUUUGAUGAUACUAUCGAUUUUCCAACAGUAGAUGACCAAUUAUUAAAAGACAAUCGGGAGAUCGCGAAUAGCUUGAAUAUUGCUCAAGAUGGCACAAAUGUAGAUAAUAACAAGCAGGAAGAUAAUCUAUUCGAUACAACUCCUAAAUGUGGAAAACAUGAAUUUCUUGAUGUUCGAAGAGCUAGCGACGGAUCGUAUGAUAUUUCUUUGGAAAAAAAAGUAUUUGAAGGAAAACGAAGAUUUAGCGAUGGCACGAUGUGCCCUAUUGAAAGCCAAAGUUCGAAAUGCACGUUAAUACAGAAGAGAAGAAGUUAAAGACAGUCCAGAGUAUGUGAUACAACUGCAAUCCAUCAUUGUGAAUCUAUUCAGUCUAGUGUACCAAAUGCGAUAUUUGAAUGUAACAUAGGCAAUGAAGAGGAAGCAUCUGAUGACGUAACUAACAGUACACAUCAACUAAAAACGCUGAAAACAUUUGAGUCGACCGAAGAUGAAGAUCUACAACUAAAAGAUACGGAAUUAUUUAGAAAACCUAAUGAUAUACCUUCAGUAGCGAAUAUUAGUGAAGCUAUCAACAAACUAGAACGCUUAGAAUCUACAGAAUCAAAUGCGGCAUCGAGUGUUUCUUGUAUGCAAGAUAAUCCAACUUGUAGCAAAGGUAAGAUUUGUGUAGACUGUAAGCGAGGUAAGAACUGUUCGGAUUGUUGCCAUCAUGUCGACAAACGGAAAUAUUGGAAGAAGAUGAAAAAAAUUAUGCGAGAAAAUAAAAAAUUAGAGGAUAUGCUAGCAAAAAGUAGGAGAGAAGUGGCGGAAAUUCGUGAUAUGCUAAGUAGCGUUUUAUCAGUCAGAAUGGAACUAGGAUUUUAAAUAGAUUAUUAAACUUUCCACUUGCUGUUGUUUGAUAAAAAAGAAAAAUGAUUAGCUGUGUAGUUAUAUGACCUUGUGAUAUAGUUAAAUAUGUGUGUAUCAGGGUAAAGAAUUGAUACUUCAUAAAGUAGAAUUUUAAUAUUUUGUGAAUCUAUAUAUUCUUCUACUUUAAAAAUCUUAAAUAUUUUCGACGCUCACAUUUUAUAAGACACUAUUAACAGAUAUUUCUAUAAUAUGUAUGCAUAAAAUAAUCACUUUUUAAAUACCUAUUUUU